AUGUUUGGCGCAUACACUAAAGAAGUCAAUACCCUUGUCCAAAUCAUGAAAACAGCAAUACCACUUACAUUAGCUAUCCAAAAGGAUCUUGAAAUGGAUGAAAUCAAGAAGAAACAAGACGGAUCUUUUGUAUCUAUUGCAGAUUACGCAACACAAGCCAUCAUCAUGGAUGGAAUCAAUCGUAUGCUUCCUGGUGAUGAUGUCUACGGUGAAGAAAAUAUGAACAAAUGCAAUGAACAAUUUCUUACAAUGGUAAAACGCCUCCUUCCAAACAAUCUCGAUCCUGUAAAGGCCUGUGAAAAGGCUAUCCAGAAGUUUGGACCAGAAAACCACCGUGUUUGGGUUAUUGAUCCAAUUGAUGGUACAGCAGGCUUUGUCGUCAAUGAUUCUUACGCAAUUGCAUCAGCUCUUCUUGUAGAUCUUCAUGUUGUCUGCUCAAUUACUGCCUGGCCCCUUCAUGAUCCGAAAUUCACAGGAAUUCCAAUCAACGGCCCAGUCAUCUUCAUUGCUGUGGAGAAUGCUGGUGCAUGGGCUAUGGAUAUGCAAGGCAACACAAUAGAUAUGACUCGCCCAACAGAAAUUAAGAAAGGUUUACUUACAAACGGCUUAGGAAGAGUCCAGAACGUUCUUAAGACUACGUUUGAUGUUGACAAGAUCGUAAGUAUGCCUUCAAUGACAAAAGGAUUCAUUCUUGCCUCAGGUGAGUGUAACAUCUAUGCAAGAAUCCACAAAGCAUUAGAAUAUGUCUGGGAUGUUGCUCCAUUUGAGCUUUUCGUUCGCCUUUGCGGAGGCAUUGUUACAGAUGGUACUGGAAAACCACUCGAAUACACAACAGACGGAAAAGUUAAGGAUAGCGACAAAGGAAUCUUGUGUACAAUGGGUGGCGAAGAGUUCCACUACCAAGUUCUUUCUGCUAUGCAGGAUGGAAUGAAAAGGAUCCUGAAUAUCAACUGCAGAGUUUGA